UUUCCUUAGCAACAUUUGUGCAUUGGUAUAUGUAUUUCUGUGGUAAGUCGGUACCCACUGGGCCGUUCGCAUUGUCAGACGACGGCUGCACAGGCGAGCAGCCGGUGGAAUAGAAGAGGACACGGUUGCCCCGAACAAGUUCGAGCUGCAUGGAUAUAAUCACAAUUACUGCUGCUUUUUUGAUAGUUGCCAUCAAUACGAGCGCCAGACCGAAAAGAACCUCUUGGACAUGGUCUGUGGCCAAGGGCAUUGGGCGGGUAAGUUAUACGAAACCAAGGAAGGACGAAGUCCCUUUCAACGAAAGUUGCAGCCGGUUUGACGAAGGUCAAAAGAAAGUGAGGAAUGAAGCGGACGGAACAACCUGCAAGAAAGGAAAUUCGCACGGAUCCUGUUUCCUCGGCCAAUGCGUUGGAGCAUUCGCCUUUAUGAAUAACAUCUACCAAGACGAUGCAAGCAAUGGUGAUCUAUGUUCGGAGUACAAGGUGAAAACAACGAGGGACGGUGCGGUCAUGGAUUGCUCCUACUGGUGCAUAGAAGGUCGGAAUGAAUACAGCGUUGACCUCUUGGACAGGACGUUCUGUGCUGGACCAAGCACCUUGCGCCAACGAAGAAAAAAUUCUGAAAAUCCACCGAAGUACCCCAGUGCAUAUGAGGUCGUGCUGUUUGACUCCAUGUUGCGACGUCGUUACCGGCAUUGUGAUGGAGGGAAAAGGGAUCGGACACCGACCGAGGACUCUGCAUGGAAGGCAGCUGCAACACGUCGCAACCACUCAGUAUGGCCCUAAUGCAUCGGUACAGGGAGACCAAGCCAGGAGAACGAGCUCGUGGAAGUACUACUCAAAAAAUUUCAACUAAGCAGGGCGUUUCAGUUGGCAGCAAUGCUAGCACAGUCCAAUUUAUUGAACCAAAUAUACGCUCCAGUGAAAUAGGAUACCCUGAUUACAGCGGCCGUUCCACUCCGCAAUAUGGAAACUUUGGGACUAGCACAGGCGUGUUAAGCACAGUAGCAACAGAGAGUGCAAUGACCGUAGAACAUUCUCACUCAGCCUUGCCGUUAACGAUGACACCAGCGGUGAGCAAGUCCACAACUUAUAAGAAUCUAGCAGCAGAAAGGACCUUCUAUGUAGAGCACUACAUGCCUACUCAAUCAGAAUAUACAGUGCCAGCCACAACAUUAGACAUGACUAGCGUGGUGGGACAAGAAGCUUCCUAUCGAGGCAAGGAAAAAAGGACAGAAAGUACGACACGUGUUGUAGGAAUCGAGGAGGUAAACAUACCAGAUGUUCCUUAAGUUGAAAUGACAUUUACUUCAAAGCAGAGUGGAUUUGCAACAACGGUGGCUACUAAUGCUCGGGCGAUCGAUACGUCGCGAAAGCAAAAUUCUUUGACACGUUUUGUGGAAACAGACCACGUCUCGAGCUCCGGGCCAAUAAUAAAGAAUGAAUUCCACCUCGAGACGACUAUAACAAGCCCAUCACAGCCAGUUACUGACUCUUAUAGUAAUGAGACGGCGAGUACAAACCCGAGUUCUAGUGAAAUAACGACUCUCACAACAUCUAAUUUUCUAUCAAGUGAGAUGGAGGAACUCCACAAAUUACCUGAAUACAGGUAUGAAGCAACACCUAGUACACCUUGGAGUAAAGUUCCUUUAACGAAACAGGGAACUGAGCCUCGCGGCUAUUCAACAGCCACAUUAGAGAAAACAACGUAUAGAACGACGGCGAAUCCUCAAUCCGUGGCAAGAGAACGAUCAGCUUUCACAAACUCCCAUAACCCACUAAUCAUUCACAACGAAGAAAGUGAACCUGAAGGACCAGGUUCUGACGAGAUAGAGCAUUCGAGAAGAUAUCCAUACGUAAUAUUCACCGACUUUUUUUACAAGUUUGCAACCACGGUAAGGAUGUCAGAUGUGGGAUCAAAUGGGCACGGCGAAGCAGCUGGCGCUGGUACAUGAACACAAGGGCCAACAACGUCUGCUCCCACCAUUUCAGCCGCCAUUUAUAUCAGUGGGGACUGAAUCACCUCAGAAAAGAAGCAUUUCGUGUUCCUUUCUUGUCUGAAAGAGCAGGUAAUAUUACUGCGCUAUAAGCUCUGCGCGUUUAAUAUAUUUCAUUUUCUAAAUAGUAAUAUAAAACAGCAGCUUAUAGGACUAUUCUCACUUAUUCUUAUAGCUUCCACUGGUAAGCACCCCACUAACAUGUAAAUGCGCUUCUUUUUAAUCUUUAAUCUUUUUGUGUAUGCGUGCCUGUUUUUAAUGCGUAAUGUAUAGUAACAUAUAUUGUUCCCACUCCUGCUAUAGCCCUAUGUUGGGCUGCAGUAUACGUAAAUAAAAAGAUACAGAUUGAAUGAUAGAUAAAUGAUAGACACAAAAUGUCUGAAGCUCGCAAAGAAUUCUUCGCAUUAAAAGCGAAACUUCACAUUACGUCAGAGAAGCGCAGCAGCUCGUGUACCAUUAACUGUAUCCCACUCCGUGUAACCCCGUCCCGUUUUCCUUCCUCCCCAAAUCGUAACUAGCCAGAGGGGAAGUCCCAGCCUUGUAACAAAAUACAUCUUUGCCACCACCUCCACCGAAAGCUGUGAGUGCUACCGUCACGAUUGAAGACAACAGGGUCAUUAAGCCGACAGUAAUAAUGAUGAUGAUGACCUUAGUAUCUUUGGCACAUACUUACGGGCAAUGGACAAGAAUCAGGCAGAAUUUACAUAGGUGUUGAAUGAAUGAAUUUAAUUUCUAAUCUUUAAUAGGGAAGGUUUUCCUGCUUCAAUCGUUUUCCUCUUAUCGAAACAAAUUUUUCAGCCACAUUAGCAACUUUAAUUUCAAAUGAUACAAUCCGAAACAUCACAAGACUUCCUGCAUAUACUAUUUUGCCAGCUUUAGCGUGAUUGGAAAUAAAAUAUUUCUACGGCGA